GGUGGGGAACAUGGCCAAACUGGGCCACAACGGCUAUGAGAAACGUUCCGGUCAAAAAGAGUCAGCAAACUGUUUUUAAAGAAAUAGUUGUCUGAAAGUAUGGUUAUAUUUUGAAAGUGUCGCAACUAUUUAGGAAUAUAUACAGAUGCAACAUUAACGAUUGAUUAGUGACAACAUGGCUGAAGCCGCUGCCCGUCGUGAAGCUCGUCGUAGAAGGAUUUUGGAAAACUCUGAGAAUCGUCUGCGUGUGAUUAGUGGUUUAAGCAAAGCUGAUGACGCCAAGGAGUCCUCUGAAGGAUCCUUCUACGAUGCAGCCUAUUCUCCACCGUUAAUUAAGAAAGAUGAUCCUAUUUUAGAAUAUGUGCCUCAGAAUUCUCAAGCAAAAGCAUUUGAAAGUCCUUCUGUUAUUAGCUCACCUAAUGAACCAGUGUCUUCUUCAUCCCAGAUAGAGGAGAAACCGGUACCUGAAUUUCCAUUUUCGUCCAGUAAUCAAUUCACUUCAGUACCUCUUCAACAGGAAGAACCAUCUCAAUCAUUUAUAUCGACAGCUAUAGCUUCCCGAAUCCAUCUUAUUGGUCUAGCUCUUCUUGUACGGCUCCUUUUAUCAACCAGUUACGGAUACUGGAUUGGAGAAUCGGUUUUUGUUCCACUAUUCACUCUCCAAUUAAUCAAAUACUGUGGAAUUUUCCCUAGACUGGAAAGUGAUAGAAGUAGUGGUGGCAUACUAAAUGCCGUGCUAUUAUUGUCUGGUUUGCCUGCUCGGCAAAUAAGUCGCUUAUUACAAAUUCUUGGAGGACUAAAGGGGAUAAUGGAGGAUACAUACAUUUAUCUUUUCUCUUUCGUUUUAUUUCAUGUUUCUCUUGAACUAAUUACUCCUUGACCGUUGACCACGCCCUAUGCAUUUUUUUUCCUCGCAAUGAUUUUCCUUGUUUUUUUAUCUUACUUUCUGAAUAUUUUUGUACUGAAGUGUUUUGCAUUUAUAUCAAAAUUGUGAUGAAGAGAAAGAAAUUAUGUUAUUUUUCUUACUGAGUGAAAAACAUUUUUUUACUCUGUUUCAUGUGUCAAAAUUAAAUUAUAGUUGAGAUGUAAUUGUAUGCAGCAUCUACUAAAAUCUUUAUGCUUAGAUUAACUCUUCUCAUGAACUUAUUAAAUAACUGUUUAUCAUCACAUCAGUCUUAAGUAAAGUGAAGCUAGUUAGUCUCUGAUAAUGUUCAAGUCAUGUGUCAAUUAUUUGAGCCUAAUAGUGUAAUUUAUUGAUCGUAAAUUAUUCUUUCCACAUUAAGAGGUCUCCCUGUUCCUAAGGCCUCUCUGGGAGCUUGGUCCUUCUUCCAGGAGUUACCUCUUCUCCUCCUCUGACAAGGAGACUUGGGCGAGUAUUUAUUCCUGAUUUUGCUUCAAAUCUGUAUUUUUGCUUUUCAUCCACAUUACUGACGAUUACUGAUCAAAUGUUUUCCUGAGGAUCAUAUCCUAGUGUACUUUAAGCGAGCGAAUAAUGGAAAAGGUUUUGAAUUUGGUCAGAAAUUGAUGGAAGAAGUUCUCACAUCCUAAGGAAUUACUGAAAGAAAAAAAAAGAAAAAAAGCUCACCCCAGGUCAGAAUAUAUUUCAUUAUUGGUGAAAGAAUAAUAUUUGUAUUUUUCAAAAUUCUGUGCUCCCUUAGGUAGUUAAGGAAUAUGAAGGUCAGGAUGGAAAAAAUUUGAUGGGCAUUCGUCACCUACAUCGAUAAGAAGAAAACAUAAAGAGUUAGGGACCAUACAUAUAUGACGUGGACACUUUUAGAGCACUUUGUGACCCCUCAUCCCCCGCCCCCCCUGGACAAACGUGGACAAUUGCCCACCCCUGCCUUUCCCCCCUGUCCAUGUGGAAAAUCGAAUGACGAUUCUUUAUGCUAUGUUGUUCAAAAUAUCGCAACAUUUUAAGCUUAAAUUGGACAAAACAGCAUGAGCUGCUAAAAUGCACUUUAAAAAUUUACAAAACAACUGUAUUUUAUAAUAUUUACUACAAAUUUCUGUUAAAUUUCUUCCACGUGGUGGACAGUAGCUGAAUCCCCCCUCCCUCCCCAUCCCCCCUGGGGACAAUAGUGGACAUUUCGCGUCCACGUGAUAUAUGCAUGGUCCCUUAGAGCAAGAUCGGUAAUUAGCACUUGCAAGUCUCCUUGUGGGUGGUUCCCCUUAGAGAGGCCCCGACCUCCGCUCUUUAAUUAAUGACUAGGUAAUGAAUGUAUAUUUUUUGAUUAUUAAAUUUUAAAAUUGUC